UCCCAGUGCUGGUUCAGUUACAUCCUGAGGACCCCUCUCUGAUGGCUUCUGGGCACAGAGGUCACCCAGUCUUUGCCCCUCUGUGUGUCUACCUGCCGGAGCGCUGGGAGCCCCUCCUCCCUCCUGGCCAACUGCCCCUUGCCAGACCCAGCUCCACACACAGCGGUGCCUUGGUCCCAUGCCAACUGCUCCAGCUGCUUCAGGUCUGGAGGGGGCUGAGGAGCAAGGUCCCCCCAAGGCUGGCACUACUGUUGCCAUGGUAGCAGUUGCCUUGGAAGCGCUUCCCUGACUUCAGCUUCUAACAGUCCAAGAAAGCUGCCUGUCCCCGGGGGGAUUGGAGAAUUAAUCACGGUCUUUUCCAGGGUUCUUACCCCUCAAGGAAAAUAAACAGAACCAAACCAAGCUGGGCCCUUUUCACCCACCCUUCCUCCCCACCCCGCACACCAUACUUGGACUUGGUGCUCUGAGAAGGAAAGAGCAUAGGCAGACACCCUGCAGCCCUCACCUCACCAGGAGACACAGAGGGCAGAUUUUGUGAUGGAACCCAGCCACGUGCCCCUGAUCUCACCACACCUGGGCACUGUGGUCUUCCGGGGAGCCCAGGCCCCGCCCAGCCCAGAGUGACACAAACAAACCCUGCAUGGGGGAGCGGGGGUGGGGGCGUCAUAGAGGGUGCUUAGGUCCCCAAAGCUCAACCUCUCAGGAACACGUUUUCAUGCACAAUUAUUUUGGCAGCUCCUUCUAAAACUAGUCACUGGGGGAUCAAUUACAAGUGACAGAGAUGUGACUGUCAUUUAGAGCCUAAUCAGAAGCUUAAUGAUACCUCAUCCUGGCAGGAGGCACAGGGGAUAUUGGCAGCAGCACCACAGCAGGGGACUGCCAGGUUCCAGGGGCUUCCUCUUUAUGGGGGCCACGAACAUGACCUGAGGGCCCAUCAUGCUCUGCGGUCACCCCUCCUCUCUAGAGGAGGGUUGCACCCAGGCCUCUCUCCAGCUUCCUGGCAAUGAAGAUGAAGCUCCACUCAGGUGACCCUGGGGACUUCUUUGGCUCCACUCCACACCCAAGGACUCUUGUCAGAGACAGAGCUUCCCUUGUGCCCACAGCCCUCCUCUUUACCGACUCGAGGUGGUUGUGCAGGUCCAAGCCCUCUCCCUGAACUCGGUGCUCAUGUCUAGAAGGCUCGCCCAGAUCCCUGCCAGCUGUGGCAUUCUGUGGCACUCACUCCCAGAACCUGGAGGGGUUCCCAGUCUCCAAAGGACAUGGAGAGAACAAGGACAGCUAGUGGGCACUUCAUCAUGGGGCCAUGGGAACAGGAGCAGGGUAGUCAGUAAGGGCUUCACAGAGUUGGGGCUGGCCAGGCAGGGUCCUAGUGCAUGAGGAGGUGUUUUCCAGAUAGCAGGGGAGGCAGGAAAGGAGAGGAGAGGACCAAGGGGCAGGGCAGCUGUGGAGGCAGGAGGCCGUGAGCUUGGCUGCAUGGGACCACACAUGGUAGGAGAGAGGAUGCAUCCAGAGAGAGGCCAGUGGCAUUGAAGAUAGGACUCUGGGCAGGGUGAUGGGACCCUGGGAACUGUGCCCAGGUGCAGGGCCAGGCCAGGGCCACAUUCUGGGAUUGGAGAGGCCCUGAUCCAUAAGGGCCAAAGAAUGCAAUUAAUGAUGAUGGCUGGAACUGGGCGCCUGGGGCAGGGCUCAGGGCUGGGCUGGGUUGGGUUUCCACUGCCCAGCAUCGGUUUGUGGAUCCUGUAAGUAGGUCAGACAGGCUGGGAAGAGGUGCCCAGGCCAGGAGGUCAGAAGGCGCCAACCAGGCUCCAACCUCCUGCCUCUGCCUCCCGGCCCCCAAACCCCAGCCCUUAGCAAUUCCUCUUCCCAGCCCUCCUCUCCGGUGUUUCCUCCUCCUCAUACCCACCGCCACCACUGCUCUUCCCUGUCAGUCACAGCUGGGGACCCCAGGGCAGCCAGCAGGCUCGCCCUCACAUUCCACUGGCAAAGGAAAGGGGUGGGUACCAAGUCCACCUGAGGAGAAAGGGGUCCCCUGAGAAUAAGCCUCAGACCAGGAGCCCUCAGCCCUUCCUGGGAGCCCAAAGGUGGACAGGCAGGGGAAGGGGGCACGGCAGGGGCGGAGAGCGGUCAUGGAGGGACACCUCUCACUCCCCUCUUCUUGCCCCAGUCACACUUCCUGUCUCUGGAGCUGUGUCCAAGUCUCAUCUCUGCGACUCCCAGUGAAGCCCCAGGUGCACCUCAGGCUGAAGGGCAGAGGACAGCACAGGGUCCCUAAGUGUGUGUCCGGGAGGCUCUUCACAUCCCUGGCUUCUGAGCCCCGUGUGAAGCCACCAGCUCAUUCUCCCUGCUCAGGAACCAAUAGUGGAACCUGGCUGACUGCCCACUGGGCCUCUGGACCUAGAGGCAGCUCACAUUGCAGCCUCAUAAAUAACUCAGCACCUCCCUCCUGCCACACCUCUGAGGAACCCUGUCUCCUGGACCAACGCCCCCCCCAGCCCCGCCUCUCCUGGCUUUAGGCUUCCACUCGCAGAGGCUCAGCGGCAACUGAGCAGGCUCCGGGGAGCUGGGGAGCUGGCGGGAUGUCCUGCGCAGGGGGGCUUGGGCUCUCCCUGGGAGAGGCAGGUAGGGGAGGAGCCCGUGGGGAUCCCUAGAGCUCUGGCAGCCAGAGCGAGAAUGUGUCCAGGCAGGGGUCCCAGGAGUGGCCUCCGGCUUCAGAGGCCUUUAGGGGAGGAAGAGUAAGUGGGGGUGGCCUGGUGGAGAUCCAAGUCAAGGUGGGGCUGGGAGAGCUGUGGGACAGGACCACAGACUAUUCCGGGGUCCCCAGCCUAGAGCCCUGCUGCCUACAAACUGCCACCCUGAAGGUGGAGCUCCAACGAGGAGACACCCGAGAGGACAGAGACCUCCAGGACAUUUCGGGGACAGGCCUCACCAGCUGGAGGCACUGCCCUGGGUAGGCCUGCAUGGAAGUCCCCGGCAGCAGCAGAGACCUUCGCUGCCUGCAGCUGGCCUGUGUGGCCCUCGGCCUGGUGGCCGGCAGCAUCAUCAUCGGCGUCUCCAUAUCCAAGGCUGCAGCUGCCGUGGGCGGCGUCUUCAUCGGCGCUGCCGGGCUGGGGAUCCUCAUCUUGGCCUACCCCUUUCUGAAGGCUCGGUUCAACCUGGACCACAUCCUGCCUGCCAUCGGGAACCUAAGAAUCCAUCCCCAUCAAGGGCCAGACCAGGGAGAAGGAAGAUCCAGCACCAACGGCAAUAAAGACGGAGCCCGCAGCGGCCUGUCCACCGUGAGCAGGACCCUGGAGAAGCUGAAGCCCGGGGGCCGGGGUGCUGAGGAGUCCUGAGGGCUGCCCCUGCCCUCCUUCCCUCGUGCCCUCCCUCCCUCUUGCCGCUGCCCCUGUCCCAGAGCCCUCCUGGCUCAGAAAAUACAAACCAGAGAUGAUCCAGGCCCUGGAGCCGCCCUUCAAAUGCACAGCUGCAUUCACCAGCCAAGGCUCUUUGGAAUGGAUGCCACUGGCAUGGGUGUGGCCUGAAACAGGUGUCACCAGAAAGCACUUUCCUUCUGCACUGUGGCUCAGCUUCGUUCCCUCUUUGAUCUACUGGCUGGUUUCUCUGGAAUUCAGGGCCCAGGGCCCUGACUACGACCAGGGUGCCCCAGCACUGUGCUUCGUCCUGGCUGGAGAAGUGGACCACAGGCCCACAGGAACCGUAGACAGGGACUCUGGGCCUGGCCCUGGGGCUCUGGAGCUCACCAGCCAGAUAGAGAGGCUGGGCCACCUUUUCAGAAUAUCAAAAUCUCCUGGGCAGUCCCUCAGGGACAGGCUCUGAGCAGCAGUGAAGCAGACAGAGGAAUCUGAGGGGCUCCAAGGAGAGAGACUCACAGAGGGACAGACAACAUGGCCUGGGGAGUCAGAGGAGGCGACUUCCAAGCUGAGUCCUGGGACUCUUGGUGUCUAAGCCCCCCACGCAGGGCCUCCAGUCCUCCCUCUUGCCCCAUCCUCUCACUGCCUCCUGAACCAGUGAAACAUUCCUGCCUCCAAGUCAUGGGGUUAAGAGGGCCCUCCCUGCUCCUCUCUGCCUGUCCAGACUCCCCACCUUUUUAGGCCCCAUUCAGAAAGUCCUCUCACCACACGCUCUCCUCAUCCUCUUCCACUGGCCUCUCCCUUGACACCUCUGCAGGCAGGUUUGAAGUCUUCCUUCUCACAAAACCAUUGUUAAGACCACUUACACAUACUGAAUGUUGCCCCUUUUCCAGUCCCUAGCAUCAGGCAAGGCACACAGUAGGUGCUUAAUAAGUGUUAAUUGCUUAAAUGUAAUGUAAAAACAAUUCCCCAGGCUUUCCCUGGAGAACCACUUCAGAGCCCCACCUACCCACAAGGUUUGGGGUGAGGAGGCCCCUGCACCCUCCAGGGGUAGCAGAGUUGUUUGACCUCUACAGAGACACCCACUCCAUGUGGCCUCUGUCCUGGUUUGGUGAGCAGAAGGCAAGCUAGGAAUAGUCUCAUUCUUCCAGGAUCCAUGCUGAUGACACCUCCUCUUGGAAGCCUCCCCUAACUUCACUGUGCUCCCAUAGCCCCAGGCUUCCCUCCAUCACAGCCCAGUCACACUGAGUGGCACUUGUCUAUUUCCUGUCUUGAGAGUGGGAGCAGAGGGCCAAGCGCCCAGAAGGCACCUGGGAUGUUGGGAAACCAAACCAAUGAGUCUAUCUCAUUGUGCAGAUGGGAGAACUGAGGCCCUGCAGGAAAGACCACCCAUGGGGUCCCACGGUGAAAGGCCCUAAGCCAGGCCUUGCAUCUGGUCUCCUAUCUCUCCCCACCAAGGCUCUCGCUUGUCCUGUCCUCUGCACAGGCCACAAGGAUCCACUUUGUGACCACAGUGGGACAGACCUCCAUAAAGGGGAGAAAUUUCACAAAUGCUGGCCAGUUGUGGAGACUUUGCUUCCUCCAGCUGAGGGAAGUUGACUUCCUCUUUCCUUGAAUGUCCCUCCUCUCUGCCUUGCACUUAUUCCCUGCUCCUUCUCCUUUCCUUUCUCCUCUUCUUCAACAUCAUCAUCAAUAACUCAGGCCUGGUGGCCUUUCCUUGAUCAGUGAGAAAAUCCUUCCUCCUAUCCAUCUUCAGUCCUCACCUUGGUACCCCAAAGAGAUGCCCAAGGGUGGGGGCUGAGGGUGGGGGGUGUGGACCCUGAGCUGUGGGGAGGCUGGUUCCCCACCCCCAUCCACCAUCAGCCCCUUUCAGCCAUGAUCUCCCCAAGGCAGGGCUACGGAAUCCCAGAUGCCUGGCAGGGCCAGGCACAGAAGAGGUGCUGGGGGACUGGAGUGAAUAAAUUAAGGAAUGAACACAUGUAAAGGCAAGAGCUAUAUCCACUG